GAAUCCGGCCUAAAGAGGUUUGACGAGGCGGGAACGGCUCCGUACGAGAAAUAUAGCCCAAAAACUUAUUCCCCUCCCCGUCGUCCAAAAUCUCGCUGGACUGAAGUGAACGCCAGCAAUGGAGUCAACCCGACAUACAUGCUUAAAGCUCGUACCCCAACAAAGCGAGCCCAUCUUCGUAAAGUGCACAUGGUCUCAGUCCCGCUUUGACCUCUCCAUCACCGACGGCCUCCACGCCUGGAUCUGCCACGCGUCGGAAGAGGACGUGAGAGAGCGCGCGGCUCAGUGGGACCAGCCGGUGACCGAGUACGUGGAGUUGGCUGAGCGGUACUUAGGGUUUCAGCAGCCCGGUUCGGUCUACCGGUUCACCGAUGCCGGAGAUGGCCACAAAAGGUUGUCAUGGACUUUUGACAAGGAAGGCACAACACUAGAAUGGCGGUGGAAGUGUCAACUGUCACCUAAUAGUAAGGAAACUACGGCAGGGAUAUUGGAUUUUCUCAUGGAUGCAAAUAUAAGGCUAAGUGAAGAAGUUGUCAGAAAAACUCAAUCGUUUGAGAGGCUAAAAGUGGAAGCUGAGAAGUGUCUAGCACAGAGCGAGAAAAUUAAUGAUGAGAAGGUGGAGUUCGAAUCUGCAAUAUAUGAAAAGUUUCUUGGGGUCUUGAAUUCAAAGAAAGCGAAACUCAGAGAGCUUCGGGGUCAGCUUUCAAAUGAAAAAGCUGCUGGGAAAUUGCCAGAAGAAGAAUCUUCUGAGAAAACAGAGAGUUUUGACAAUGGAAGUGAUGACGAGGAAAGUGAGGAAGAACCUGCAAAAGAUAUUACAGGCACUUCAAAGCUUGUGGUAGGGAGUAGGUCUCGUGGUCGAAAGAGGACCACACGCAUUUAGCUUCACACUAGCUAUCAUUUUCCAAGGACUUAAAGCUAGCAUCAGUAACUGUACAUGUCGAAGGAGUAAAAGAAGAAUGGAAGGCAUAGAUUGACCAGAGUCGUCCUUAAGAGGAAGCUCUUUUUAAGUUUCCAAGAACGUGGGAAGUGACUGGAGCAUUGCACGAGAUUGUUCAUCAACCAUGGCAACGUGUAUCAACAUCGAAGUGACUGCUUCAUUGGGUAAAAAUUUCCUCUUUCUCAUUACCUCAAGGAGCUGCAUUGCUCUCUGGACCUCUUUUUCUCGAAGAAGACCCUGAAUCAUGAUAUUGAACGAAAUGGAGUCUGGUAAGCAACCUUUCUCCUCCAUUUGGAUAAGCAACUCACAAGCCUCCAAUGACAUUCCUUUCUUGCAUAGGCCAUCCAUCAUACUGUUGUAAGUAGAAACAUCAGGAACCAAGCCAUUGCUUGAGAUUUCCUCGAACUUUUUCCGCGCCAAUUCGAAUUUACCAGCCUUACACAUCCCAUCAAUUAUUAAAUUAAAAGAUUGAAUACUAGGUUCAGAUUUGGUACUCUCUAGGGACUGCAACAGAUCCAUUGCCUCCUCAAUCUGUCCAUUUUUGCAGAGUCCACCCAAUAGAGCAGAAUACGUAGCAAAUACUGGAGAAGGGCCAGAACUCUGCAUUUCUUUAAAUAAUUUAUGCGCAGUUCUAACUCUGCCCGCAUGGCACAGUGCUCCUAUAAGCGUGUUGUAAGUUACAGCAGUGGGUUUCAAUCCCUUGCAUUGCAUUUCUUGAAAGAGCUGAAUAGCUUCAUUGGUCUUCCAACUCUUGCAAUAGCCACUAAUCAUCACGUUAUAGCUAACAACAUCGAGCUUAAGACCCUUGUCCACCAUCAAGUUAAACAGCUUUUUUGCAUCAUCCAGCCGACCCACCAAACAUAAACCGCUCAUGACUGAACUGUAAGUGUAUAAAUUAGGCUCCUUGCCUUGCUUUAUCAUCAACUUAAAUAUGCCACAAGCUUCUGCCACUUUCCCCUCUUUGCAUAGACAAUCUAUCAGAAUCGUGAAUGUCAAUACGCAGGGAGAAAUUCCUUGUCCCACCGUUUGCGUAAAAAUUAUAGUGGCUUCUUUCCACAAACCCGGCUGGCAAAAUCCAUAAAUUAAAGUGUUAUAAGUGACUACAUCAGCAGAAAUCCCGCAAUCGACCAUUUCAUUAAACAACUUCACAGCUUCUUUAAAUCGUCCUAAACUACAAAAUCCAUUAAUCAAUGAACUGUAGACAACAACGUCUGGAUGAAUACCCGAAUCGAUCAUCUCCGAGAACAUUUCCAUCGCUUCACUAAUCAACCCAUCUUUGCAAAGAGCAUCAAUGAUCAUGCCAUAAGUUAGCACAUUCACCUUGCACUCUGCCUUCACCAUCCUUCUAUGCAUCUCCAAAGCUCGACCAAUCUCAUGCAUUUUACAAAAUCCAUCAAUAAGAGCCCCAUAUAUGAUCACCCUCUCUCCAAGUUUCUUGUCACACAGUUGAUCAAACAGUUGAAGUGCACAAUGAACCCUACCAACAUUACACAAACCCUUAACUAAAGUACCGACUGUCACCACAUCCGGCUCAAACCCCCUCUUCGCAAUCUCUCCAAACACCCCAAAUCCAUAAUCCACAACAUUCAAGUUGCAACAACAAUUAAUCAAAAUGUUCAGAGUGUACAAGUCAGGCUCAAUCCCAAUACAUUUCAACUUCCUAUACAUAAGAAACACAUCUGAAUAGCAUUUCAGUCUGGAAACCGACCCCAACACAUGAUUAAACGUAUCGAUUGCCGGAACGGGUUGUCCUUGAACCAAUCUAUCAAAGUAUCUUUUCGCAUCAUUGAGCUUUAUUUUACCUGAUUUACACACACCCCUCACGUAAUAUUCGAACUGGGUUGGAGUCACAUGAGCUUUGCAAUCCUUACUGUUUAUGGGAAUGGAAUUCGAGGAAGAAUUUCGAAGUGGGGUUUUGCUAAGAGAGUAAAGGGAGUGUUGGGUUUUUCCCUUUCGAAUUGCAUGUCUUGAAGAAGAAGCCGAAGACGAGGCAGAAUAAUUAGCAAUUUUUAGCAACAUGAAAAGAGAGAAACUUUAGGAUUUUCAAUACUAAAAGGUACAUCUGAAAGAGGAGCUUUCAGUUUUUAGUGGACACUGCGCAGCGUGGCCGUGGUAAAACAACCACUUCAAUUUUCAUCUUCAGAAGGCCCAAUAAUAAUAAAAAAACACAUUAAUAGUAAAAAAUAAUUAUUUAUACAGGAUUGAUGUUCACUCACAGGAAUCACAAACACAUGGGCACCCAAUAAUUUCCAUUUUAAGGCAAACUAUUACUGUCACCGUCAGAUCAGAAUCUCAGCGGUGCCAAAUAAAAUGCCACACCGAGUCUCCCCAGGGCUAGGGUUUUACUAGAAACAUAACACCAAGCACGUAGGGUUCCUGUGCCUAUAAAUACAUAGUUUCCCUAAACACACAGGCACGCUCUCAACUUUAAGAUUCCCUCUCCCCUUCCGUCCGGGACGGCCCAGUUUUCUUCUCUGGUACAUCUGGCCAGCACGAUCUGGCUCCUUUACUUCUGUUUAUACAGAGUAAUCACGGUCGAGAGUAGCAGCAGAAAGUGAAUGAAUAAAGCUUUCUUCCGUCGUCUUCUUCUUCUCUUCUCACUGCUAAGUCUCAACCGUGUUUCUCUGUAUAAGGAGAUGUACUGGAUCCUUACAUAAACCAACUCUCUGGGUUCUUAACAUAGCAGAAUCAUGUUUUCUGUUUGUUUUUGAAGUAUUUGCCCUGUGUAGAUUUGCUGAAUUGUAUCUGCAGAAUCUAGUAUCUGUGGAUUUCAGAUGUAAAUUUAGUUUUUUAUUUAUAUCAUAAUAUGCACGAAUUGAACCUGAUUAAAAAGCAGGGCCCUUUUGCCUAUUGUGAAGAGGGCUCUCGUAAAUUUCAGGAAAAUUACUUGCGUUGUUAUUGGGUGAACCUCUGCACAUGUUAGUGGCUGAAGGUUCAGUAAAUGAUGCAACAUUCCUGACGUUAAUCUUGCAUA